UUUAGAACAUGUUCUCCCAGAUCUCUUGGAAGAUAUUCCACUAGACAUCCGGGAGAACAUGAUCUAUCAACACGUCGGUGCUCCUGCCCAUUUUGCCACAAAUGUCCGCGCAUACUUGGACAACACCUUCCAAGACAGGUGUAUUGGCCGCGGUGGUCCUGUCGCGUGGCCCCCACGAUCCCCGGAUAUGACUCCGUUGAAUUUUUUCUUGUGGGGAUACCUGAAUAAUGAGGUGUAUCGUUAUUCGGUGCAGACGGUGGAGCCUGUCGUGGCAAGAUUACAAGCAGCCGUAGCCACCAUAAACAUAUCGAUGCUGCAGCGGGUGCAGACCAACAUACUGAGGCGUGCUGAGGCCUGCGUGGCUGUGACGGUGGGAAAUUUCGAACACUUAUUACGUUAAAAACAAUCUGCCCCUUUCGGGCCACCAAUUUUUCUUAACGUAGG